CGUAUCAGAGGAGCAGAAACAACAAGCCGCCAUUUUGUUUGUGCGGACGGACCGUAAGAAACGGGAGACGCCGAGAGAAGAGAAGAGACCACAGCCGCGAACCGCCGGGCACACACGGGCGACAUCGUGUCUAAGCGUUAAAUGCGAACGUAGAUCGCACGAACAAAAGACGAGACGCGAGCGAAAAGGGAUCGGCGACCGAAGAAGGAAACAGCGGAUCCAGGGAAGGAGCGGAGAGGAGGAGAGGCGGAAGAGGGACAGAUACCACCGCGAAGGAAAACCUGCGAAGGAGAAAAUGAACGUGAAACCUCAUUAUGUGUCCAUUGCGAAGCCAGGAAACCGCACGCAUAGACCGGUGUACAGCUAGAUGUCCCCCGGGCUCCAGGGAUCGGUGGAAAGAGGGAAGACGGGCUUGAAGAAAAGGGGAAUCUGUUGGGAUAAACGCGAAGGGGGGCAUUCUCCAUCACAAAGAGUCAAUGAAAGGAUUUUUUGAACCCACAAUAUUUGGGGUGCAAGGAUGAUCUCUUCUUGCACAUCCACUGUUUUUCACUUCUAAAGAAGCCAUAUUUUGUGCCCGACGUUUUAUUGAAUUUUUGCCUAAGGUCGCAUUUGCUUGUUUUCUGGAGUCUUAUUUUUCAAUUUGCCUUUCGUGCAUGAUUAUACGCAGUGAGUGACAGUUAAAAAUCGCAGUAGUUAUAACCAUGCUAUUUUCCAAUCUGAGAAGCUUGCCAGUGUUUUCUUUGGUUGAAAUCGAGGCUCCAUCUCUUUAGAAGUAACCCCCUGGAACCUCGCCUGCAAAAUAAAACCAAUUGGAUCCUUCUGAUUGUACGCUAAUUAUUAAAUAGUUGUUUGAUAACCUUUGAGAACUCUUCUAGAAGAGCGAAAUCUGCAUCCGAAUCGAUUGGCAAUCAAGCUGCAGACGAGCAGUGAUUUGGAUUUUUUUUCUCUCUUGAAUUUUGCAACCAUUGCCAACCCGACUGGCUGCAUCAGAAAUAUCCGAGCGAGGGGCGCUACAACUAAAUGUGCAAUAUGAGUCCGUUAUUCUGACCCAGUGCCUUGCAUGGUCAGACGUAUACACUAAGGGCACGGUGGUUUACGUCCGGAUGCAAAGGAGGUUUUGUGAUAUGCAUGGAAUUUAAACGAUAUCUAUUUUAAACCAGCUACUGUUGGGACUGGUGUCUUUCGACGGAAUCGUGAUUUAUUGGAUUUACCGUUUGCACCGACCCCUGCUUUCUGAGUGUUGAACAGGACAAUAGAACUCAUGCUCGUAUUGCAGACGAUUCUGAACGACUGUCACUCACAUGAAGUGUUCAAACAGCGACGGAGCUCCUAGGGGAUGUGUGGACUGGCCGGCCUCCACAGCAGACAGGAUUCAGAUCAGGCGGAAGAAAGGAAAAUGCCAUUAAGGAUCUCUUAACUGUUGCAUGAGAGGAGGCUCCCGAAAAGUUGCCACCAGGGUCGUGCGGGACUGCGUUUUUCGGUCUUGUUUUUGGUUCCCAUUCACAGGAGGAGGGUCUUCAGACGCGCGCCUCACAGCCCAAGUCCUGCGUUUCCCCGCCGGCCAUGGCGGACCGGAGUGGCCGUACCACGGAGGACCGCUCUGGGGACAUUUCCCAUGAAGCAGAAGAAGCCACAUGAGGUAGUCGAAGGCCCACGCAACCGUACCACCUCCUCCCGCUGAACCCGGAGAAACCUGAAGAAACCAGACCUCUACCGGGGAGGGGAACAGACCCACGGAGAGGAUAACCCAGAGUGGGAACUCUGAAGGGAAGAGUUCACCAUCGCCUUCUUUCCCCUACCGUCCCCGUAGCGGUGGGGGAAGAAUCGGAAACCAUUCCCGAGCAAGAAACGGCCGAUAACUAGGGACUUUGAUUAUCCCCGGGUGGAUCCACAGCAAGUUUUAAUUCGUCAAAAAUAUGGCCGAUAAUGUCUUGGAGUCCGGCCCGCCUUCAGCCAAGAGGCCCAAGCUGUCCUCCCCAGCUCUCUCGGUGUCCGCAAGUGAUGGAAAUGAUUUCGGCUCCCUCUUCGACCUGGAGCACGACCUCCCCGACGAGCUCAUCAACUCCUCAGAGCUGGGACUGGCCAACGGGGGGGACCUCAACCAGAUCCACACCAGCCUGGGGGGGCUGGGGGCCGGGAUGGGCAUGGGCAUGGGGGGCAGCGGCGGGCAGGACGCCGCCGCCAAACACAAGCAGCUGUCGGAGCUCCUCCGGGCCGGGGCUCAGCCCCAGCAGGGGGCGCCCAGCAACGGCGGCGCCUCCAUGGCCCUCAUGGGGGGCAUGAACGCCACGGCGGCUGGCCCCCAGGGCGUGGGACCUCAGGGGGGGCCGGCCGGCCUGAUGCAGCAGCAGGCCGCGCUGGCCGGGGGCGUGUCCGGGAUGAACCGGGCGGCCAUGAUGAACGCCCACAAGGCCAACGGACAGCAGCAGCACCAGGGCCUGAUGGGGGGGCAGAUGAUGAACGGCUCGCCCAGGAUGGGGUACCCCGGCAACGGGGGCAUGAGCAGCGGCGGUAACCUGCUGGCCGAGACCCUGCAGGGGCAGACGGGAGGGCAGCAGAUGGGCCCCGGCGGUCCCACCGGGAUCCGACCCCAGCAGCCCGGAGCGCUGAACAAGAUGAAUAUGAUGGCCAACGCGGUCCCCUAUGGCGGCCCGUACGGCCAGCAGCCGGCUGGAGGGCUCCCAGGGGCAGGGCUCCAGAACAAGGCCGGCAUGCCCAACAGCCUGGCCGCCCAGUUCAGCAUGGACAAGAAGACGUCGCCAGGGCAGGGCAUGUCCGGGAUGCCCUCCCAGCAGUCGCCCGGAGGCGUGCCAGUGGGCGGGGCGGCGGCGGCGGCCGGCGUGGCGGGCGGGUCCCCGGUGGGCCUGGGCGUGGUGGGGGCGGGGCCCGGUGCCACGCCCCCCACGGCGGACCCCGAGAAGCGCAAGCUGAUCCAGCAGCAGCUGGUCCUUCUCCUCCACGCCCACAAGUGCCAGCGGCGGGAGCAGGCCAACGGGGAGGUGCGGCAGUGCAACCUGCCCCACUGCCGCACCAUGAAGAACGUGCUGAACCACAUGACCCACUGCCAGGCCGGCAAGUCCUGCCAGGUGGCACACUGUGCCUCGUCGCGACAGAUCAUCUCUCACUGGAAGAACUGCACGCGGCACGACUGUCCGGUCUGCCUGCCGCUGAAGAACGCCGGAGACAAGAGGAACCAGCAGUCCCUCCUCAGCAGCGCGGGGGUGGGCCUGGUCAACUCGCUGGGCCCCACGGUGCCCGGGGGCCCCCCCAACGCGGCCAGCAUCAACCCCUCCAGCCAGAUCGACCCCAGCUCCAUCGAGAGGGCCUACGCCGCGCUGGGACUCACCUACCAGGGGAACCAGCUGCCCCCCCAGGGGCCCCAGGGGCCCGGCCAGGCCAUGGGGGGCCAGCCCGGCAUGAGGGCCCUCAACUCCAUGGGAGGUAAUCCCAUGGGUGUGAACGGCGGAGGCGGGCUGUCGUCCAAUCAGCAGUCGAGCCUGCUGCCUGACGCCAUGCUGCACAACAACCUGAACGCUCAGAGCCUGAUGAACGACUCCAUGGCCAGCAUGGGCUCCAUGCCCACGGCCACGCCCCCCUCUGCGCCGGGCAUGAGGAAGUCGUGGCACGAGGACAUCACCCAGGACCUCAGGAACCACCUGGUGCACAAGCUGGUGCAGGCCAUCUUCCCCACCCCGGACCCGGCCGCGCUGAAGGACCGGCGGAUGGAGAACCUGGUGGCAUACGCCCGCAAGGUGGAGGGGGACAUGUACGAGUCGGCCAACAGCCGGGCGGAGUACUACCACCUGCUGGCGGAGAAGAUCUACAAGAUCCAGAAGGAGCUGGAGGAGAAGAGGAGGACCCGCCUCCAGAAGCAGGGCAUGAUGCCCUCCCAGGCCGGCAUGCCCCCCUCCGGCCUGCCGCAGGGCGGACCCCCUGGCAUGGGCGGACCCCCUGGCAUGGGCGGACCCCCAGGCAUGGGCGGACCCCCAGGCAUGGGCGGGCCCCCAGGCAUGGGCGGGCCCCCAGGGAUGGGCCAGCCGGCCAUGGGCCCCGGCCAGCCGCCCAACGGCCCCCAUGCCGACCCCUCCAUGGUGCGACCCCCCGGGCCCGGCCAGAUGGUCAGCAGGAUGCAGAACCCAGCAGGGAUGAACCAGUUCGGUCAGAUGGGAAUGCAGUCCAUGGGUCAGAGGUCGCCCCUUCCGUCCGGACCAACCAUGAACCAGAUGGGCAUGGGCCCCAGCAGGAUGGGGCAGCCCAGCGCAGCCCAGCUCCAGAACCAGUACCACCCCCCAGGACAGUUCCCCGGGCCCAUGAACCAGACGGGGGCGCAGGGCGGCAUGGCGCAGGCCCAGAUGUCCACGCCGGCCCCCCUCCCAGGCGGCAGCCCCCUCUCUCAGUCGGCCUCCAGCGCCUCGGCCCCCGGGGGCCCGGGCAGCGUUGGGCCCCUGCCCUCGGCCCCCGGGGCCCACCCCCACUGCCCCCCCAUGCGGACCAGCUCCCCCUCGCCGGCCCGCAGCCUGACGCCGCAGCCGCACCAGACCCCGCCCACGCUGCCGGGCUCGCAGACCCCCCAGCCGCACACGCCCAGCGCCGCGCAGCUCCCCCCCUCACAACAACAACAACAGCAGCAGCAACAGCAACAGCAGCAACAGCUCCACCAACAGCAGAUGCAGCAGCAACAUCAACAGCAGCAGCAGAUGCAACAUCAACAACAACAGAAUCAACAACAACAGCAGCAGCACCAACUUCAACAACAGCACCAACAUCAACAACAACAGCAGCAGCUUCAACAACAACAACAACAGCUCCAUCAACAACAGCAAAUGCAGCAACAUCAACAACAGAUGCAGCAGCAGCAGCAACAACAGAAUCAACAACAACAGAAUCAACAACAACAGAAUCAACAACAGCAGCAGCAGCAACAACAAAUGCAGCAGCAGCAGAAUCAACAACAACAACAACAGCAGCAGCAGCAUCAACAACAACAGCAGCAGCAGACCCAGCAGACCCAGCAGACCCAGCAGACCCAGCAGACCCAGCAGACCCAGCCCCCCCCACCACAGCCCCCCGCCCCGCUGCAGAACCACCAGCAGCAGGCGGGGGCCCCGGGCGGGGGCUCUGAGAAGGCCAAUCAGCUGCAGCCUCCCCAGGGGCCCGGGAGCGCCUCGUCCAAGUCGGGCCAAGCCCCGCCCCCGGCCAACCAGAACGCCCACAUGACCCCGCCCCCGCCGCCACGCAGCCCGCUGUCCCAGAAGUCGUCCCUGAUGGCGGACGGCCCCGCCUCCACGCCGCCCUCGGUGAGCAGUGGCGCCGACCCCGCCUCCCAGGCGCCGGCGGCCGACAGCGUGGCCUCGGGCGCCGCCGACGUCAAGAUGGAGGUGAAGAAGCAGGAGGACGAGGAUGAGGAGGAGGAGGAGGAGGAGGCGGACCCGGCGGGAGACGGCGACGCCUCGGGGAAGAAGGGCAAAGGUCAGGCGGACGUCAAGGAGGAGGAGAAGCCCGAGAUCAAGAAGGAGAAGACGUCGGGGGACGGCUGCAAGGCCGAGCCCAUGGAUACCUCAUCGUCCACGGCAACCGCCGCCGCCGCCCCCUCGGUGACGGCCACCAACGGCGAGGACAAGAAGCCGGAGGUGAAGAAGGAGCCCAAGGAGGAGGAGGAGGAGGGCGAGGCCGGAUCCCCCGCCAGCGCGGAGAGCAAGAGGAAAGUCUUUAAGCCUGAGGAGCUGCGUCAGGCCCUGAUGCCCACCCUGGAGGCGUUGUACCGGCAGGACCCCGAGUCCUUGCCGUUCCGCCAGCCGGUGGACCCCCAGUUACUGGGAAUACCCGACUACUUUGACAUCGUGAAGACCCCCAUGGACCUGUCCACCAUCAAGCGCAAGCUGGACACGGGCCAGUUCCAGGAGCCCUGGCAGUACGUGGACGACGUGUGGCUCAUGUUCAACAACGCCUGGCUGUACAACCGCAAGACGUCCCGCGUCUACAAGUACUGCUCCAAGCUGGCCGAGGUGUUCGAGGCCGAGAUCAACCCCGUGAUGCAGGGCCUGGGCUACUGCUGCGGCCGGAAGCUGGAGUUCUCUCCCCAGACACUGUGCUGCUACGGCAAACAGCUGUGCACCAUCCAGCGCGACGCCGCCUACUUCAGCUACCAGAACAGUUCACCAAAAUUUGGGCUUAUUGCUGACAGGUACCACUUCUGUGAGAAGUGUUUCAACGAGAUCCAGGGCGAGAGCGUUUCCCUGGGAGACGACCCGUCGCAGCCCCAGACGUCCAUCAACAAAGACCAGUUCCAGCGGAAGAAGAACGACACCCUGGACCCAGAACUGCUGGUGGAAUGCACCGACUGUGGUCGUAAAAUGCACCAGAUCUGCGUCCUGCAUAACGACACCAUAUGGCCCAUGGGCUUCACGUGCGACAGCUGCCUCAAGAAGGCCAACAAAACGCGGAAAGAGAACAAAUAUGCCGCCAAACGACUCCCGCACACCAAGCUGGGCGUCUACCUGGAGACGCGGGUCAACGACUACCUCAAGAGGCAGAACCACCCAGAGUCGGGUGACAUCACCAUCCGGGUGGUGCACGUCUCGGACAAGGUGGUGGAGGUCAAGCCGGGCAUGAAGUCCAGGUUUGUGGACAGUGGCGAGAUGUCCGAGUCCUUCCCGUACCGGACCAAGGCCCUGUUUGCCUUUGAGGACGUGGACGGAGCUGACUGCUGCUUCUUCGGGAUGCACGUCCAGGAGUACGGCUCCGACUGCCCGCCGCCCAAUCAGAGACGAGUUUACAUAUCGUACCUCGACAGUGUGCACUUCUUCCAGCCCCGACACCUGCGCACGGGGGUCUACCACGAGAUCCUCAUCGGCUACCUGGAAUACGUCCGGAGACUCGGGUACACCACAGGUCACAUCUGGGCCUGUCCGCCCAGUGAAGGGGAUGACUACAUCUUCCACUGUCACCCCAUGGACCAGAAAAUCCCCAAACCCAAACGCUUACAGGAGUGGUACAAGAAGAUGCUGGACAAAGCUGUUGCCGAGCGCAUCGUACACGACUACAAGGACAUCUUCAAACAAGCCACGGAGGACCGGCUCACCAGCGCCAAAGAGCUGCCAUACUUUGAGGGCGACUUCUGGCCCAACGUCCUGGAGGAGAGCAUCAAGGAGCUGGAGCAGGAGGAGGAGGAGCGCAAGAGGGAGGAGAACAGCACCUCCUGCGAGAGCAUCGAUGCCACGAAAGGAGACAGCAAGAAUGCCAAAAAGAAGAACAAUAAAAAGACGAGCAAGAACAAGAGCAGCCUGAGCCGAGCCAAUAAGAAGAAGCCGGGGAUGCCCAACGUCUCCAACGACCUCUCCCAGAAGCUGUACGCCACCAUGGAGAAACACAAAGAGGUGUUCUUCGUCAUCCGCCUCAUCGCCGGGCCCACGGCCAACUCGCUGCCCCCCAUCUCAGACCCAGACGGGCUGAUGGCGUGCGACCUGAUGGACGGGCGCGACGCCUUCCUGACGCUGGCCC